AAAUAAAAAGAAAUUAGGCACAUGCGUAUAUGAAUCUGUACAAAUAUUUGAUUGAAAGAGUUUUAUAUGAAUUUUCUGACAAAAAAAAUGUUAGAACUGAAUCAUUCAUCUGUGUAAACAUGCUAAACCUGUUGCGGAAUUUUAUAAGUGAGCCUUCGGGUUUUGCUUAGUUUUGUAAUCACGUAUUGCUAAUUUUAUAUAUCUUCUGACCAUAUUUUUUUUAUUUUUGUGCAUGAGAAUCGUGGAUAUAUACUAAGGAACUUUGAUGAAGUACAAUCAGCUGCAAUAUUACAUAGCACAACAUAAAAUACAAUUUUCUUACAGAAUCAUGUGAAGCUAACUGGUGGCAAACAUUGAUCAUCGACCUCAUAAGAACAUCGAUAGAAACAAAAGUGCAACAAUAGCUGACAUCAUCUUUUUACUGUGCGAGGAUGAUGAUACUGCCAAACUGAUGGACUAUACAAUAUACAAAGAAAACACAGCAACCACACCAAUUCUGGUCCUGCUAGAUGAUUUCGCGGUCAUAUCGUCGCCUUCCAUCUUCAUCAGGUCGCUCGAAGCGUGAUGGUUCGACCUCAAUUUCAAACUCGCGGACGAUCCCAAGCUCGCCUUGCGGAGAUACGGGCAGUACUUGUAUGAUGUCGUCAUCGUCUUCUCGCAGACCGAAAGACAAUACUAGGAUUCUGAUAUCCGGCUCUUUGAGCAUGUUUAGCAACCGGUUCUUCCGGUCUGGAGUACAGAAAGCUGGUGUUACUAGCAAGCUGUUGGUGGAUCCCUUGGCAGAGAUGCAUCUACUGGAAGGGGUGUACUUUUCACAACGCGAGUAUUGCUUAAUGAGUUUGAAAAGAGCAUUGCAGGGCAACGAUUUGUUGUGCAGGGAUUCGGAAAUGUCGGAUCUUGGGUUGCUUGACAUAGAAAGCCUGAUCAAACACGUGAAAGAAAAGCGUGGAGUGAAGGGGUUUGAAGGUGGGGACAGUAGACACAGAUAUUUCCUUAGUGAAAGAGCUGGGCUUUUCUGUGAGUACUGUUGGAGAGGAGAUGCUACACAAUCCCCUCCUGACAAAAGAUGUGGAAACAUUCAAAAACAUCAUGGAAAAUCUGAACUUAUCAUAUCCAAAAGAUAA